AUGGCUGAGCAGGGGAAGAUAGUCACGCCGACUGUGGGAGCAACAGGCAUCAGGGGACGACUGACCAGCAGCACACUCAGCCUCUGCAGUGGCUAUAAUAAGGCUUCAUAUGGCAGGGAGAACUUCACUCCUUGCUUGGCUCAUCACUCUGCAACAGGUUACUCAUCAAAUCUCAGACCAGCCAUAUAUUACAAACCCAGUCUGGACCUCACUGACAACCCUCGGCUGGGGCUCUUGUUAUCAGACAACUUCAUAUCCCAAACCAAACGCGAUUAUCAGCCUUACACCAGGUCUGAUGGUUCAGAGGCCUCCCCAAAUCUCAGUGACAAGGCCAGAGAGAGCGGCUACCUUCAGCUAGGGACUGUCCCUAAAAGAGUGAGUGUGCUUCUUCAAACAGAAUAUGAGGGAGCAUUCGUACCUCAUCGCCCAGCACCAACAGUUUCUAGGAACCAUGUGACUGUGGGUCGAAAGGGAGAGAGUAGUUUCAUUAGAGAAACAGCCUGUGAGCCAAACACAUUUCUCCCUAAAAACAGCUGCUUGGGUGAGCCUCGUCAGACACAGGACUCAGUAAUGAGAAGUGACUUCUUGCCACUAUCAUUUCUUCAGGGCACUGAGGCAUUACCAAACGUGGGAACUCAUACCUCUCGAGAAACAGGGUUCACUCGAAAUACCACAGAUCCCUUGGCCUGUUCAGCCUCCCUGCUGCCAUCAUCCCAGACAAAGAAUAAUGCACCAACUGAGAGGUUUAUUGGACGAAAGGAGAGCUCUGGGUUUGUUCUCAAUGAACCGGGCAACCAAACUUUCCCAAAUACACCUUUUGAUCGCUUGCACUUUCUCACACACUAUCAGAGCAAGUUUUGUGAUCGUGCUGCAGUCGAAAAGCUGAGAUCUGGCUCGACCUGGGCAGGCAUCAAUAAUAAAAGGAGCAACGGAUUCACUAGGCGAGCCACGGACAGGCAAAACUUCAGUGCAUAGAGCUCCACACCUGUGAUGUGAGCCAGUAUCAAACCAAAUGUCUGGCGAAGAGCUAUGUAACUGCUCAACACACAAAGUAAUGAAAUAAAAUGCUGGAUUCAUCAUUGUCAUUAUUGUGUGUGCUACUUUGAUGUCUUCAAUGAAUCCUUCAUGAUGGCAUUUAGCUCUCA